AUGGCUUCACGGGUUCUGUUCUCGAGUCAAUUAACCUUCCCGGCGAAUCCGCCGCGUGAAGCCUCGAUUGCUCCGUUGACUCCUCCCCAGAAUUCACUCUCCUUCUCCUUCCGAAGUCCUGUAAACCGAUUCUCGAUGAGGAUCCGUCCGCUUGUAAGAGCUGCUUCGUUUCCUCCAACGGCAGCGGAGGUCGACGGUUCGAGAGACGAAGCAAUAAGGAGGAAGAAGCUCGCUGUUUUUGUCUCGGGUGGUGGCUCGAAUUUCAAGAAGAUUCAUCAAGGAUGCAGUGGCGAUUCAAUUAAAGGGGAUGUUGUCUUGUUGGUCACUAACAAAAAAGAUUGUGGAGGUGCUGAAUAUGCAAGAAGCAAUGGCAUUCCUGUUUUAGUAUUCCCAAAAGCGCAAUCUGAUGAUGGACUCUCUCCUAAAGAGCUCGUUGAUGUUAUUAGGAAAUAUGGUGUAGACUUUGUUCUUCUAGCUGGAUAUUUGAAACUUAUACCUGUCGAGCUGGUACAAGCAUUUCCUAAACGGAUUCUAAAUAUCCAUCCUGCGCUUCUUCCGGCUUUUGGAGGUAAAGGGCUUUACGGUAUGAGAGUGCAUAGAGCUGUUCUAGCAUCAGGAGCUAGGUAUUCAGGUCCGACGAUUCACUUUGUCGAUGAGGAGUACGACACAGGACGGAUACUUGCUCAGAGCGCGGUGCGCGUGAUUGUUAAUGAUACACCAGAGGAUUUGGCUAAAAGGGUUCUUCAUGAGGAACACAAACUCUAUGUGGAAGUUGUGGCUGCGAUUUGCGAAGACCGGAUUAAAUGGAGAGAAGACGGUGUUCCUCUCAUUCAAAGCAGAGAAGACCCUGACGAGUAUUACUAG